AUGUCUGGUGGAUACUUUGGUUUUACUCAUGGAGGAUCUCAUUAUAGUUACGGUUCGCCAGGUCCGUACGGCAUGAGCUAUCCGCCACAAGCGUCGCCCUCUUUCAACUAUUCUGGCACUGCUUCUAGUUAUUCUUCGUCCCCAAUGCAGACUCCGUCUCGAGCUGAUUCAUUAUCUUCGAGUAACAGCUACCCUUAUGCUCCGCGUUCUGAAAAUAUGGGCUACUACUCGUCUCCUGUACCCCCGGUUACAGGGUAUGACGCAGCUGUUUAUGCGGCGGCUACAAAUUAUAUUCAGUCCAGAGCGAUGGCUACUGGCAGUCAGUGGUUGGGGCUGCGUAAAAACGUUUCUUCUGCCGCUGGUAGCAGAAUGAUGUAUCCAAGGAAACCAGCAACUGGGAUGACUCCUAGAGCGCAGCAGUUGCAUUAUUGUGAGAUCUGCAAAAUUAGCUGUGCUGGCCCUCAGACUUAUCGCGAACAUCUAGAAGGACAGAAACAUAAAAAGAAGGAAAUUCAGCUGCGGUCAGGAAGUCAGCCAGUAGCUAAGACGAAAGCAACGUUCCGUUGUGAUCUUUGCUGCGUCACGUGCACCGGACAGGACACGUACCAGGCUCACAUCAAAGGCGCUAAACACCAGAAGACCCUUGGCAAACCGAUACCUAGCAGCGAACCCACGAUCAUACCUCCUUCGCAACAGCCAAAGACGGCCGUUACCGCAAAUGUCAAGAAGCCAAAUUCAGUUUCACCCGUACUCGGCGAAACUGUUCGUGUGAACGAGUCGAUACCGGCUUCUACGGACCGAGGUCAGGUAACGAUGCUCGGAAUGGAAAAAGAUGUGCAGCCUGUCGGAGAGGCGUAUAUCGAAACUGUCUUAUGUGAAGACGGUAAAAUAGCGCAGUUCUACUGCAAGUUGUGUGACUGCCGUUUCAAUGACGCUAACGCUAAAGAGAUGCACUUGAAAGGUCGUCGUCACCGUCUUCAGUACAAAAAAAAAGUCGAUCCAGAGUUAGAAGUGGACCUGAAAUCGAUUCCCUCUGGCCGAACGAGACCCUAUUACAAUGACAGAAUGCGGAAAGACUCAAUGAAGAUGCGACAACAGGAGGCGUGGAGCGUUAGGAAUACCUAUGCAGCUCUCAAUCCUGGAAUGCCUCAAGGUCCUGUGCCGCUUUUUGGAAGCAUGCAUCCUUCCUCUCUGUCACAGGUCGGCAGUGGAAUGCGCUACGAGACUAUUGACGAUCGAUAUUUGAAGCAGAAGGAUGAACAACUUCAGCCCAAUGAGGAAGAAGUAGUAUUGGUCCAGAACGUGAUCACAACCAUCGAGAAGGCGUUGAAAAGCGUUUCAGACAUCCUGACUGCUGAAGCUGUUGCAACAAUCGAUAGAGAAUCGAAAGAGCAGGAAGUUGCCGAAACGGAUACGUCGACACAGGUGAAAGAGGCAGGAACCGACGAAACGCCACAGACAGUUCAACUUGGCUCGGAGGAAAGAAUUCUAAGGGGUGUUAUGCGCGUUGGCAACUUCGCCAAAGGUCUGCUAAUGCAUGGCAGCUUGACCGCGCGGCUGGUAGCGAUGUGUUCAAAAAUUCCCACCGUUCAACUGUUGAAUAAAGUUCUGGAAUUGCUGCCCGAACAGCUGGCGAAGUUAACUGAAGACAAGUAUAACAUGAACGCGUCCCCGGAAAACGCAUGCAUCGCGAUCGCCUCAGCUACCGACGAACGGGUGUUCGUCGAACUGCUUUUUACGUCGGUGCUCGUGCGCGAGUUGCCGCCGGUCGAAGGAGUUGACCGCUCUGCCACCAACUCAGCUCCGAAUGAUUCUAGCCUGGAUAAGCAAAAAUGCCUGGAUGCGCUGGCUGAGUUGCGCCACGCUAAAUGGUUUCAGGCCCGCUGUGGAAAUUUACCAUAUAGCAUUCCUAUUCUGCGCAUUCUACGCGAUAUGCAAAUGAAGUCGGCCACGUUUUUCGCCCUCCCACAGUGGGCACUCGAGCUGUUGGUCGAGAAGGUUCUCAGUUCGGCGAACUUCUCCAACUUUCCGCCGUCACCAGUCGAUGCCUUCCGCCGAGUGUUCGAAGCGUUGGCCUCCGGAAUCGUGUUGUCAGGCAAGGAGAAGACCGCGACUACACGCCCGGUCGCUAGCUUUUCUCUCUACCGUUUCCACGGUCUUUUGCUUUUUUCAGAUGGUCCCGGUCUGCUGGAUCCUUGCGAGAAGGAACCCGUUGACGCCUUGGCACAGAUGACUACGCAGCAACGCGAAGACGUCACAUUCAGUGCACAGCAAGCGUUGCGACAAAUGGUUUUUGGACAGUUGUACAAAGUGCUUGGCGUAGACAAGAUCUUACGUGAAUCUCCCCAGACCGCUGCGAAGAAAAGACCUCUCGAACACGAUGGCGAACUCGACACUUCCGGUGCCAAAAAGGAAAGAAAAGAGGAAGACGAGGCCACGACAAAUGCUGAAGUAGACCCAGAGCCGAUGGAAAGUACGGCCGAUUUAGCUUUCUUGAUCAUCCAUCCAUUUCCUCCAUGUCAUAUUUUUUCAGCUGUUGAUGGAACUUCAAAAAACGAGUCUGACCAGUUCAGCGAAAAGCCUCCACAUUGCGUUGAAUAG